GUUGGUUUCACAAUCCGCCAUCGUAGGCCUGCUAUCAGCAAGCUCACUAGUCUUUCCGCUCACACAUCUGUCUACUAUCCUAGAUUUCACGACCUCCUUACCCAGUUAGUUUCUAGCGCCGGUACUGUGCCAUACGUUGCGUCUUGACCAGAAGCUUUUAUAUUCUAAAAGUUUUGCCGUAGAACGUGCCAGAAUGUCUGCCAGGAGGCGUACUUUGCUGAAGGUCAUCAUUCUUGGCGACAGCGGCGUCGGCAAGACGUCGCUCAUGAACCAAUACGUGAAUAAGAAGUUCAGUGCACAAUAUAAAGCUACCAUUGGUGCCGAUUUUCUAACCAAGGAGGUCCAAGUAGACGACAAGCUUGUAACCAUGCAGAUCUGGGAUACGGCUGGCCAGGAGCGGUUUCAGAGCCUCGGAGUUGCCUUCUACAGGGGUGCGGACUGCUGCGUUCUAGUGUACGACGUCAAUGUCAUGAAGUCGUUUGAGAACCUGGAUAACUGGCGGGAGGAGUUCUUGAUACAGGCCAACCCAGCAGAGCGAGACCUGUUCCCAUUUGUGGUGCUCGGAAACAAGAUCGACGUCGACGGUGGCAACAGCCGAGUUGUGUCAGAGAAGAAGGUGAAGGCGUGGUGUGCGGCCAAGGGCAACAUCCCGUACUUUGAGACGUCCGCCAAGGAGGACUACAACGUGGAGGCGGCCUUCCAGUGCAUUGCCAGAAACGCGCUCAAGAACGAAACCGAGGAGGACUUCUACUUGCCGGACACGAUUGAUGUAAAUGCUGCACGGGCCACCAAGGCGUCAUCAUGUGAAUGCUGACAUGUGCGCUGGACAGGCCCUCCCAUUGCUUGGUUGUCAUUCCCCCAAUGGGAAAAAAGAGAAGUUGUAGACCAGUAUGUGCCAAUCAUCAUAUUCUGAUGUCAACUGUAUAAAUCAUGAAUGGUAGAUACUGUUGGAAAUAUCUCAAGGACUUAAGCUACAAGGGUUCAACUGCCUCAACUUCCGCUGCACUACUCCAAGUCUCAAGUCUCUACAGCUGGGACUUGGUCUCUGCAAAAGAUCCUAAAGGGUUAUUCUCAGCCCAACAGAUACCAUAGAACUUGUACAGCUGUUAUUGUAAGCUCCUGCUGAAUGCAUCUAGGGCAGUGAGGCAGCUCCGCCUUAAACUUGACAAUGCACCUCUGCCAGAAAGGAAUAAUCAGAGUCAGUCAAGUUAGUGCAAAAGCCAUCUGAGAAUGCACGGUACGGUAGACACUCAAUAGAG